GGGUAAAUUUUCUUUGAUUCCAAUCGACCCCCAUUUACACAUAUUAUUAUCGACUUUUUUUUCCCGCCUUAUCAAAUACAAGCAAACGCAUUUCUCCAUUCAAUUCCUGACAUUUCGCAAUGGUACAAUUCGCCAAUUUAGAGGGGAGCAAGGAGGAAGCAGAGAAGGAGAAUAAAGAAUUCAAUGGCGCAAGCUCCAAACGCAAAUUGGAGAAUCAUGGGGAAGGCGGGGAAGUGAGCAAGAAAAAGAAGAAGAAGUCAAAGGCCAAUGGCCAUGGACACAGAAGACACAGCGUCAGCUCCAAACCUGCCCGAGAUCCAAGAGAUGAGGCAACUGCAGAUACUCCAGAAGAAACUCCAAUUGAAGUCUCCAGAAGUCCAAGUCCAGUCAUCGAUUUUGAUGGAUUAAGCCGUCCUAGUAAAGGCGCACGAGAGCGUCUUGAUGAAUCCCCGGAACAAGCAGCCAUCCGAAUGACAAAAUUGACCGGCGCAGUUCGCACAAUUCUCGAAUGUAUAGGUGAAGAUCCAGAUCGAGAAGGUCUCUUGGCCACGCCAGAACGUUAUGCAAAAGCAUUGCUGUAUCUCACAAAAGGAUACCAGGAAAAUGUUAGGGACAUUGUUAAUGAUGCAAUCUUUAAUGAAGAUCACAAUGAAUUGGUCAUUGUCAAAGACAUUGAGGUCUUCAGUAUGUGCGAACAUCACAUGGUUCCAUUCACCGGAAAGAUGCACAUUGGCUAUAUUCCGGAUCGAAAUGUUAUCGGUAUCUCGAAGUUACCCCGAAUUGCAGAUAUGUUCUCGCGCAGAUUACAAAUUCAAGAGAGACUUACAAAAGAUGUUGCGCAUGCUGUGAUGGAAAUUCUCAAGCCACAAGGUGUAGCAGUUGUUAUGGAAUCGAGCCACUUAUGUAUGGUUAUGCGAGGAGUUGAGAAAACAAGUGCUACAACCAUUACAAGUUGUGUUCUGGGUUGCAUAGAAAAGAGAGAGAAGACUAGAAAUGAGUUUUUCAGUUUGGUGGGUUUGAACAGACGAUAGGUAGAUGGGAAAGGGGUGGCACAUUCAUUUGCAUUUGCAUAAUUAGGCGUUUUGGAAAGAGGUACAAUGGUCUUCAACACCAUCAUGGGAGGGCGUUCAUUCUUUGGUCUUAACGCCAUUUACGUCUAUUCUGGAUAUUUAUCUAUCCUGGGUCUUUGACCUUCAAAUCAAGAAAUAUGACUUGAAAGGGCACUUGCACUGGCAUUCUACCAGUAUGUCCUUCCAAAUUGUUUACAUCGCUGUCUACA